CUAAAUAUACCGUCCAGUACCUACGCACUUAUAUUUAUUUAUUAUUUUGCUUGACGUCAGGGGUUAAAACUUAGUAGAAGAAUAAAAUGUUGGUUUUAUUCUGCAUAUUAGUUUUUGGCAGUUUCUGAAUUCCAUUGUUUUCGUUAAAUUUGACUAACUUUGUUUGUUUCAUAAAAUACUGAAUGUGUUUAGAAUAAUUUACAAUUAUGAGUCUUAUUACUGAAGAAAUGAAACAUUCUGUUAAUACUAUAGAAGAGGUAAAGAAGCUUCAAGAAUUAGUGAGAAAACUAGAAAUGCAAAAUUUGCAUUUAAGAAAUAAACAGAAUACACCAAAUAAAAGAUCUGUUUCACCCGUUAAAGAACUUAAAUCACGUCGAAAGAUUUCUGAUGAUGAAAAUCCUAAUAGUGUGAGAGACGAGUAUUUUGACGACUUAGAUAUUAUUAAGCUCAGUGAUAUUGAAAUGUCAGAUGAUGAAUCUUGGUCAUGUAGAUACCAGAACUUUCACUCGAUCUAAAAAGACUGUCGAUCCAGAUAGACAAACUAAUGAAAAACAUAGUUCAAGUAGACCUCGAAGCUCUGAUUCCUUAUCUAGUUGCCAUAUUCUGGAAUUUGCCAGUGAUGUUGAAGAAGUGGCGCGUAUGCAAGAAGAAAGUUUACGUAAUAGUUCACCUUUUGGCACUCCUAAGCGUGGCUCAUUUGGAGCAUUGUCCAGAAAAAUCUCUUCCCGGUGUUCUGCUUCAGACCAAGACUUAUCUGAGAGUUCCUUGCUUGGAAUUUCUAAUUCAGAAAGCUCUCCAGGAUGCGACUUAGAAGAAAAUAAUUCCUUCACAGUAGAGCCUUUGAAUCAUUCUGAUCAGUCUUCUUCCUCUGAAAGCCCAUAUAGCUCAAAUAUGUCAUUACAUAUCAGUGAUAAAAUGCAAGGAAAGCUAAGUGGGUACAGGCGAAGUCUGCCAAAUUUGAAUCGAGAACCAUUAUCCGUCAAACAAUCAAAAAGUAAUUCAUCUAGUGAUAAAGGGAAACUUCAAAAUCAAAGAAUUUCUGGAAAAGUUACUGAUACUUAUGUGCAAUCUUCCCAAAAGCCAAGAAAAGAAUCACCUUUAGGAAGAUCACUUCACCAGAGAUCAGGUCUUAAUACCACUCCUAAUGCCCCCACCUCAGUGCCUAAAAGUGCAGAGAGAGUAAGAUCUGGCUUACCUAGACCGUCCAGAGCCAGUUCUGCCACCAGAUCGGCUACACGAUCAGGAAUACCUAUGCCUUCCAUGCUUAGUAAAAAACAAGAAGAUUCCUGGAGUGAAGGAUGUUUUUAAUGAAUCUGCAUAAUUAAUUUCAAUAAUUCAUAAUUUUGACUCUUAUGACAAUUUGGUGAGAACUUAACAAAUAGAUUCUCAAUAACUAAAAAAUUAAUAUUAAAUUGAGAAUUUACUUGCUGAUAUGUACAGUGCAUAAAAGAACAAGCAUUAUAAAAUAAUUUUUGAUACAGUGACCAAAUUGUCACAAACUAGUUCAAGGGUCUUAUCUUAAAUAUGAUAAUAAUGUGGAAACAAAUACAAAAAUGGCCCUAUUUUGAAUAAACAUACUCUUUUUCAAUCGUUUUUUAUGGGAAAAAAUAUCUGGAAAAUAUGGUUCAUAUUCUUUAAUCAGGAGAGUGUACAAAAGUUGUGAACCUUAUUUUUAAUUUUUCUAUGUUUCACCCUGUUUAAAAGAACUGAUACAUUUUUGUAUGCAUAAAACUUGAUUAACCGAAGAUAAUUUCAUGCAAAGAAAAUUUUUAAAUAGAUAUUUUUAUUGUUUAAUUUAAUAAGGAUCAAAAAAUGUUUGAAUUGUAAGGUACGCAAAUUUUUCCAUUGUUUUGAACUGCAAAUCCUAAAUUUGAAUAGAAUCUGACCAAAAAAUCAUAAUAAAUAAAAACUUUAAAAUGCAUCUUUUUUUUGUAAUUUAUUUAUCCAGAAACUAUUGAGCUGGUUUUGCAAUAUUUUGCAUUUGGCUAUCUGAAAUUACCUAUUUUAAAAGAAGUUACAAAUUCUUGCAUUAUUUAAACUCAAAAAAUUUUCAAACCCUUAAAUAUUAUAUUUUUAAUGAAUAAUCUCUGGACAAACACGUUUAAAAAUAGUAUGCAAGAAAUUUUUGAAUCACUUAAAUAGCUCCAGAGAUAUAGCAAAAUACACAAAAAUAAAAAUUACCCUUAAAAAAUUCGAAUUUUGGACUACAUUCCUGACUAAACUAUUGGGACCCUAUUUUACUGAUUGUAGCUACCAUCUCUCCCAUAUUUUGUAGAUUGAAAAUCUGGAUCCGUAGAAAAAAGAUAUCUUUAUUAAAGAGGAAGUAUGUUUCCUCAUCUGAUUUCGUAACUUAAAAUAUCUGUUUUAAUUAAUUAACACAUAAUCCCUCAAAUCAUAUAAUGAACAAAUGUUUUGUUUCUUCUUUUGUGCACUGUAUAUAUGUGAGUUUGUAUAUGAAUAGAUAGCAAGAAGUCCUAAAUUAAACUACCAGUUUUCAAAAAUUUAUUACAAGGAAACAAUAAAGGUUUAAAAAAAUAAUUCUUGUAGCAUAAUCAUAUGACAGGCUGUAAAUGUUUCCUCCCAGUGUUUGUGGUUUUAGUUCAAAAUUUAUUUUACAGAUAGCACUGUGGAUUGUAAAAUGAAAAUCAGAAAAAUUGCAUCAAAAUUUUUCAAUAUCUUUCAUUAAUGUAAAUCCCUUUGCAAUAUAUUUGAAAUGUUCCUGAUCAACCGCAAUCAUAUAUCUAAAAAUAUUUACAGAGCUAUCUGAGGAAAACUUUUUACAUUAAAACAUAGCUCUCUGAGAAGAAAGUUUAUGUAAUCUCACUAUGAUUGUUUUUGUUUUUUUUAACCUUAACUGUUUUUUAUUAUAAAUCUUUGAAAAUUGUCAGUCUAAUUUUGAACACAUUAUUCAUACACAAGCAUAUUACUUACAUGCUGAAUCUGAUUAUAACAUUCCAGUGCCUGGACAAUGUUUCUUUUGUUUCUUAAUUAAGUGUAAAGUAUUUUAUGUAGUUUUUAUACCAUUUUUCCCAGUGAGGUGAAAUUGUUUAAGUGUGUUGAACAUCGUGUGUGCCUAAAAAAGAAAAUUAUAUAUUAUUAUUUUUGUGAUCUGUGUUUUCCAUGUCUAUGAAACAAUCUUAAAAUCUAUUUUCUUUAAACUGUUACAUUGAUGAAUUUUAUGAAUAAAAUCUAUAUUUGUAUACUUAAUCCAAUGAAACAACAAAUAUUUGUGUCAACUUAAAUCUUUGUUUGCAUUUUAAUAAUUGAGGUUUUCUUGUAACUUUUUAUAUUUGCUUAGUAAUAUAUUGCUUUGUGAAAUUGAAAUACCCUUGUUAUUUAAUUGUAAACUAAUGUUUUUAACUAGUUUUGUCUGUCCUUUUCUUUGUUUUGAAUAAAUUGCUCUGUGAAGGAUUA